UCCUUUAUUUAUUGUGAAGUAUGGCUUGUUGAAUUCACAAUGAAUCUAUAUGUGAAAUAUUGUUUUUUAUUGUUAUUUAGUUUGUUUAUAUUUUGUGAAUCUAAAUAUGGGUUUGUCACAUGGUCUAAUGGGAAGGCUGUGGUAUCGGUUACAGAUAACUACAGCGAAAUUCCAAAAGUGUACGUAGCCAGAGCCACAUACAGCAACGAAAUAAACAAUACAGGUUGGGCAUUCCUUGAAAUACAUACAUCACGAGACUCCAGCGAUGAGAAACAGGCAUAUGCAGCAGGUUUCCUGGAAGGAUACCUCUCCAGAGACCUUAUUUGGAUGCAUUGGCAGAAUAUGCUUAAAGGGUAUUGUUAUAACAAAACUGAAGUGUGCGGGUUGAUUGAGGAUUUUGUUGACAAGAAUGAAGACUACAUUGCUUCUAUGGUCACUGCAAAUCCUACAGACCCCUAUUGGUAUCAGAUGAAGCUCUACUACAUCCAGAUUGAAGGUCUAGCGGUUGGUUACAAUCAAGCAACCAGCAAUCCGUACGAGUGGCUCACCGUCAGAGAUAUCAUUUGGAUAAACAUGCUGGGGGACCUGGAUGAGCUGGCGAUAGCUGUCUCAUCCCCUAAAGAGACCCCUGAAGGGCUACUAUUCGGAGAGCACUGCAGUGGACUUGUGAAGCUCUUGCCGGAUUGGUCUGAUCUGUAUACUUCUCAAGUCACUUGGAACAGCUAUCAGUCCAUGCUCCGGUUCCAGAAGAUGUAUGUCCUCAACUACAGACUCGCUCCGAACAGCAAAAAACCCAUUCCAGGACGGAAGAUGUCUUUCAGUUCCUACCCAGCGUUUGUGCAGUCGACAGACGACUUCUACAUCAUAUCGUCGGGGCUGGUCGCCGCCGAGACCACGGUGGGGAACAGCAACCGGUCGCUGUUCGAGCUGGUGGCGCCCGCGGGCCAGGUUUUGGAGUACGCCCGAGCUAUGGUAGCUAAUCGUCUCGCGAGGAGCGGAAAGGAAUGGGUCGAAAUAUUCCGCAAGCACAACAGUGGAACCUACAAUAACCAGUGGUACAUAGUGGACUACAACAAUUUCAAGCCUAAAAACUCGAAGUUUCCGGGAUCCAUUGCACCUGGACUGCUUUGGGUGAUAGAACAGUUGCCCGGAUAUACGGAGGCAGCUGAUCUAACGGAACUCUUAAAAGAAACGUCGUACUUCCCGUCAUACAACAUUCCCUACUUCCCGCGAGUUUUCAACAUGAGCGGCGGUAACGAGCGCGUGGCCACCUACGGCGACUGGUUCGGCUACCACACCAAUCCAAGAGCCAAAAUGUUCAAGUCUUUGCAGGCGGGUGUGACGGACCUACAGAGCAUGUUCCUGGUGCUCCGCUACAACGACUACAAGCGCGACCCGCUCUCGCGCUGCGCCUGUUCGCCGCCAUACAGCGCCGAAAACGCCAUCGCUGCGAGAAACGACCUCAAUCCCGCCAAUGGCACGUACCCGUUCCGCGCGCUGGGCCACCGCAGCCACGGCGCGACGGACGCCAAGCUCACGAGCGCGAAGCUGCGCACGCGCUACCAGUUCCUCAGUGUCGCUAGUCCGCCGCACAACGCGUCGCGCGGGAUACCGCCCUUCCAAUGGAGCAAAUUCGACUUGGGUUCCGAAGUGUCUCACGUGGGCCACCCCGACCUGUGGAUGUUUAGCCCAAUCCUCCACCGCUGGGAGUGGGGAUGAAUGUCAUUUGUAAAUAUCAAGCCAUGUAUGGACUUCGCAUUCCAAUGUUAAUAAACAUACAUCGUAAUAAUAUUAUUAAUCAAAUCUAAUCAUCUUAAUCGAGUAGGUGUGUGUUGUGGAGACAAGUAUCUUAAUUCAAACGGGCUUCAAAAACCACUUUUUAUCAUUAUUUUACAAAUUAUCUUAAAGUUUUAUAAUCAAUGUGAAACUACCAUAAAUUUGGAAUUUAUUUUACUGGAGAAACAAUAAACUCUUGAGUUACUCUUUUACUUAAUAAAAUUGUCAAUAGUUGUAAAUUUGGUUCUCUUGGCAUGAAAUAUACACUACUUUUCACGUCUUGUAAAAUAAAUUUCACUACACGCGGCAGUGUUGCGUCGUUAUCGAUUCUAGGGAAUCAUUUUGGAAUGAAUCUAACCUUGCUUCCAGACUAUAACCCAACUCCGUGCCAAGUUUCAUUCAAAUGUAUUCAGCGAUUUUGUGCAUCGCCAAAAUCAAACAAUAUUUGUAUAAUGUGUAUAUACAGGGUUUAAUAUAGUUUUAUAUAAGAGUCAAUUUUAUUAAUCGUUACGGCUGUUUUGUAAUCUCACAUUUACUUUGUAAUCUCACAUGUUACUUUUUUAUAUUAUAUGAUUUUUACUAAAAA